AUGGUGGUAUCACAGCAAAAAGAGAAAGAACUGAUGGAGAGAGAUGAAGGAAGAAGGAGAUUGGAUGCGGAGAGGGGGAAAAGAAAUAAGGAUGAGGGACGUGGCGAUGAGGGAAGCAAGUGGAAGAGGAGUGGAAGAGGGGGCUCCGGGAAGGUGGGAUGGUGGGGCAAGUAUGACGAUAUGCUGUCCGGCUCCUGCAGACUGCCAGAAUCCGAUUCUCCUCUGUUCGUCUCCCCCCAAAGAACCAAAAAGCCUCAAAACCGGCCUUCUCUGCUCCUGCCGCUGCUUCCCACCCAUCGGUGUUAA